AUGGCCUGCCUAAGCUGCCUCGAGGGCCUGCGCCUCUUCGUGCCUGGCCAUGAGUUCUCUGGGGAAGCCGGGGCCCCGGCUGAGAGUGUGGAGGCUCAGAAGGCCCGGCGGAGGGAGGGAUGGGUGGCUGCCCAGCUGGCUGCGAAGACUUUCUUGCGCCAGUGGAUGGCCGAGCAUCCUGGCGAAGAGGUGCCGGAGGAUGUAUACCGGGCGUGCCAGGAGGCCUUGAAGAGCCACCUCCCCGAGCCUUGGAGACGAAAGCAAGAGUCUGACCGUUGCGGUGAACGGAAGGACGCCGAGCUCCGGUCCUUCGUGCGCCACAGCCACUUGGAGCUCUUGCGCCAGGAGGGCCCACCACAGCGGCUUCGCAGCCCGGCUGAGUGGGAGGCGCUCUUCCCGCGGUACCCAAGCGAAUCCCCCGAUGGCCACGGCUUCCUGAAGAGCUUCGAGGCAAGCGACUCCGAGGGGAUCUCCCAAGCCUUGGAGAAGUACGGGUUUUGUGUUGUGAAGGCCCUCUCGAAGGAGCAGUGCGAGGCGAGCGUCGUGGCGAUGUUCGAGGAGAUCAACGCCUUGCGCGUGCAGAAGGGCAUCGAAGGCCCGCCCGUGGCAGUUGAGGACGACUCGACGUGGUUCGACAGGAAUUGGCCUUCAUCCUGCAAGUUCUUGGUGGAUGACGUGGCCUUGCACAGGCAGGCCUUCGCCAACCGUUGUUCUGCAAACGUCUACCAGGCCUUCCGCGGCAUCUGGGGAGAGUCGCGGCUGCACGUCUCCGUGGACAAGUGGGGGGUGGCGCGCGGGGCCAAGGAUCGCCCGAGGUGGAGGGUCGGGCUGAAACCGCACUGGGACGUGAAUCCCUGGCAGUGCCUCAGAGACCUGGAAGCGGGCGUCGACCCGGGCUAUCAAGGCCUCAUCGCCCUCAGGGAUCAGGACCUGGAGACCGGCUGCCACCUCACGCUGCCUGGCUGCCGGCACUUCCUCAAACAGUGGUGCCUGGAGCGGCCGUUGAGCAAGGUCUCGGGCUCCGCGAAGUCCUUCCGCGCCUCGGAGGAGGACCCCAUCCUCCGCUACAUGCAGCCGGUGCCCCUUCGGCAGGGUGAGAUGGUGAUCUGGUCCUGUGCCCAGCUGCACGGCAGCACCCACAACCUCAGCAGCAAGAUGCGCCUGGCGCAGUACGUGCGCAUGUUCCCGGCGCCGAGCGCGGCUUGCAAGGCCAACUACGACGAGAAGGACAGCUUCAGCUGCACCCGGGUGCUUCGCAAGUGCCUCAGAAAGGGUCAGUUAAAGUGGCGCGACAUCGAGGACUUGAAUCUCGAUGGGCUCGGACGGCAGUUGCUGGGCGUGGACCUGCUCUGA